GCGAAGUCGGGACAUGCCGAAUGUGUUUGCUAAUCAACAUCAGCCAGCCAGUCUCUUAUUGUCAACAGGCGAAACGGUCAUGAUUUGACCAUCAGGUGCUGUUUUCCUUAAGUUAUCCAUUCUCAAGGGAAACGCCGUGGUUUUACCCAUGUUCCGGCCCCGGUUCCGAGCCUCCCUCCCAUUGCCUGGCAAGUCCGACAAGUGGGGACCGGCAUUACCUCACCCGGCCUCACCAGGCUCGCGCAACAUGCAACACGCCCCAGUUGUCUUCCCCGGGCCUUAUCCCCUUGCCGUUCCGGCGCCGGUAAUCCUCAACCCCGGUGCUUCAACCCUAUGGGGACUUGCCCCCAAGCUUGCCCUGUACUGUCUGAAGCAAGCCUGCUCGGUGACCCCCGAUUACCCACUGAAUCCUGGGCCUCCGACGUAAAGCCAGCCAGAGCUAGCUUCAGACGCAGUUUGACGUGAAAACUAGGAUCCUUCUGAUGGGGACUGGACAGGGCAUCGCGUCG